UCCAUGCACGGUGAAAAUUUACAAGGAAGCAAACUUGCGCAAGGAACAGAAAGCGCCACUGUUCCGGCUGAUGCAUCUAUCGCUGAUAAUGUUGUACCCGGGAGGAAAAUCUCAUACCCUUGCGAAACCACUGACCCGAGACGGUGUGCAGCAGGUCGAGGACGAUGAAGCGCGAAGGAAAACGUUGCGCGAAUAUCAUUACAUACUGACGAGUGAAAUGAAGGCACGGGAUCAGAGUUCGUUCUUUGGCUCGAAUGAGGCCCCUUUUGCUGAUGGUUUCAUUGACUUUGCCGCCCGGUUGUGUUAUACGGUGUACUGGAACGAGGAUAAUUGGAAGGAAUCUAGCGGCGAAGAAAACGGCCGCAAAACGAAACAAACAGUUUAA